CUUGCGAACUGCACCACGACAUGCAGACCUAAUGCAGACCUAUCUUUCGACGCCUUCGAACGUCUAGACCACCGAGCUGCUCGUUUCUGCGGACAUCUAUACAAGGACUGCUGGAUUUUUCUCAGAAACUAUGGCCACUUAUGAUAACUUCGACGACUACAAGACUGGUACUGGUGUCUCCACUGCGGUCAAUACAACAGAUGAUGCGUACAUAGUCCUCGAACGCACGCGCAGCGAUAUGCCUCCCGGGUGGACACAGUACAUUCACCCGCAAGGUUGGGCCUACUUCCGUAACGACGAGUUCAAGCUGGUUGUCGACGAAGACAUUCACCAGCCAGAGAUCCUGGCCAGCGUGAACGAGUACUGUCUCGCAAAUCAAGCGUCGAAUCUACCAGAUGGACUGGAGGCAUGCUUGCUAGGCUCCGCUGGAAGCUACUUCUAUCUCAUCAUCGACCAUACCCAGUGCCUCGCUGAGCAUGCUGUUGCCAAACCGCUCAAGGAUUGGGUUGGCUCGGAAGAUGUGUCUAUCUCAAAUCUACUCCGCCGUCGUAGGCUGUACUGGAACUUCGUUCAAGGGCACCCCUCUCAUAUGACCAUGCCGCAUAGAGCGUUGACAGAAGCUAUCGACUCUGUCAGGGCGUACUACUUCGGUAUUGUGCAAUAUCAUGCGGUACAUGUUAAGCGAACUCAAGCGUGCACAGAUAACCUCAUGUUUGGUGAACGUAGCGUCGUACCAUUCUCAAAGGUUGAGAGUGACGACCUUCUCCGGCACUUGGAGGUGCCUCAAGGAGCUACCAUACGCGAGACAUCGAUGGUGGUUCUCGUCGCAUGGAUCCUUCGUGAAGUCUACAGCUAUCGUCACGCAGAUGGCUACGGGAAGUACACAUUCAAUCAGCUUCGCACACAUAGAAGGACUUCCGCCAGCCCGGCGUACGUGUCCAAUAGCCCAUCAAUUGUUGCGAGCACAUUGCUCCGCCUCCUUAUAAAUGGGCCUUUCUUUGGCAUCCCGCAAACAUAUCUGGAACAUAUCCAACAUGCCAGUGAAUUUCGUGGACGUCUAUCGAGUCUACAUCAGAGCUGGAAGGAAUAUACGGAUCAAUUAGUUCGAGGAUAUUCGGAUUUCAUUCUCAUAUCAACUGUGCUGCUCUCAGCUACCGUCGGCCUGCUGUCUGUAGGAGAUAUUGCACAAAUAGCGCGAGUAUGCUCUAUCAUGGCAGCCUUCGCUUCCCUCGGCAGCAUUGCUACUGGCGUAUUCUUCGUGUGGCGACAUCAGCGCGAUACUCAAAUAUCAACAACGCGGACGUUCGCUUACAUGAACAACGCUCACCGGAACACUUUUGGGUUACCUGGACAUGCGCUGUUUCUGAGCCUUCCAGCGGUGCUACUCGUGUGGUCUCUGAUCGGCUUCACGGUAGCGAUUGUUGCGUAUGCUCUGCAGCCCAUCUCAAGUGACCCUGCGACCGACGUCGCAUCGACCUCAGUCACUAUUGCUACAUUCUUCGCCGUGCUCAUCUUCACAGCCCUGGCAAUACACGUCUUCGGCAGGAUGUGGAGAUGGGAAUCGCGCCUCUGGACACUCAAACUUCUGACUAGAAUUCGACCAGAUUGCUUAUCGCGAGCGAAGACACGUGUAAGUAGUGAGCCCUUCUCUGCUCCUUCCACGGGUCGCCCGGCCGGACAUCAUCUAGACAUUCCUGCGAGAAGCCGACAGGGAUGACGUUCAUGAUCGGCGGAUCGAUGCAGCAAACCAUGACGAAGACCGCCCCCGAUCCACCUUCGCGCUUGCAUAGAUCUGCUGCGUACUUCAGUUGCGACUGCAUCUCCGCUUGCUUCUCUGGUUCGAAUUCGCUGAGCGAUGUGACCUCUGCUGCCGCGACGAA